GUGUUUCUGAACGUCUACAUUGGUCUGCUUGGAGAGCUUUAUGGCCGGGCCGUGCAGAGAAAGAGUCAGCUCUACAAUCAUUACUUGGCAUCCUAUGCCUACCGGAACCUCGCCCGAUGGUGCCGUUUGAGCUGUGAGACGUGUAGAGGCGAA